AUGGAAGAAGCGGAUCUCGUGAUCAUAGGUGCAGGCAUCUACGGCCUCACAACUGCUCACACAUACCACCGCCUACAUCCUUCAGCCAAAAUACUCAUUCUCGACUCUGCGCCAUCCAUUGGCGGACCAUGGGCACCGAAUCGUGUGUUUCCCGGUCUCCGGACCAACAAUCUGUGGGGCAUGUACGAACACCCUGACUUCCCCAUGGAUGAAGAAAAGUUCAUGGUGAAAAGGGGAGAACACAUUCCUGCCGCGAAGAUGUUCGACUACCUUAGUGCUUUCAUGAAAUGGGCCAAUGUAGAGCAAUUCGUUAGAGGGCGAACAACUGUUGAGAUCAUCGAGAGGGAUGAAGAUGCGGAUGGAUGGGUUUUGCAUUGCGCGGCAUCUCCAUUGAAUAGGAAGGGCACCCAGAUCAAAGCGAAGAAACUGGUCAUUGCAGUCGGUACCACGAACAAGCCACUAUUACCGGAUUAUCAAACGUCGACAAACUUCAGAUCAUUGGUCAUCCAUGCUGCAGACUUCCCGGAAUUUCACGAAGUCAUUGCGAAACCAAGCAAGCAUACCGUCGUUGUGGGAUCUGGAAAGUCGGCGUGGGAUGUAGCGUACGCAUGUGCUAGUCAGCCGUCUACUACAGCGACUUUACUCAUUCGUCCUGACGGCAACGGACCUGUGUGGAUGGCGCCUAGUCACGUCACACCAUUGGGAUUGUGGCUGGAGAAACUGGUACAUACACGUUUCUUUGGCUUCAUGUCUCCUUGUCCUUGGGCACCCACGACAGGCAUUGAAGGCUGGCUGCGCUCCUUUUUCCAUCGCACGUGGCUCGGCAGGAAAAUAGUGGGUGCUUUCUGGAACACACUUGGAGAAGAUGCGAUCGCGCUAAAUGGGUUGGACAAACACCCUGAGACGAAGAAGUUGCGGCCUUGGAGAGGUGCUUUCGAAGUCGGCAAUGCGUUAUCGAUUCACAAUUAUCCGGAUAGCUUUUUCGAGUUGGUCAAAGACGGAAAAGUCAAAGUGAUCGUUGACGACAUUGAAAGCCUGUACGGAGAGCGACAGGUUGUACUCAAGUCAGGGAAGGUGUUAGAGGCUGAUGCAGUCGUUUGUGCAACAGGCUGGCAAAAGGGAUACACCUUCCGCUUCGAACCUCAAGAGCUGGAGAAGGAAUUGGGCUUACCUAGUACACUUGCACUCACGCCGGAAGAGACAGAGCUUAUACGAAAGUCAGAGGAAACUCUGUACACCGAGUACCCUUACCUGAAAGAGAGGGAUACGAGCCGUAUACAUCAUCCCGAUCCCUCCCUUCGUUACGCUGAACAGCCUUCUUCAAACGCCGAACCGUACCGCUUAUACCGCUUCAUGGUCCCGCCAAAAGCCAUGGAAGAGCGCAACAUCGCCUUCGCUGGUGCAGCCCAUUGUCUUUUUACCUUCCCGUGCGCAUACAUACAAAGUCUCUGGAUCACUGCCUAUUUCGACGGUACCCUAUCUCCGCCCUCUUCAUCAACCAAGGCACUUGAGGAAACAUAUCGGAACACGCAGUACUGUGUUCUCCGCGGCGCAAUGAGUUAUGGGCAUACACUACCCGAUCUUGUCUUUGAUACGAUGCCUUACCUUGACACGCUGCUCAGAGAUCUGGGUAUGCAGGAGCGGAGGAAGGGUGGAGGUGUGAGGGAGUGCGUGAGUAGCUAUGGCCCGGAGGACUAUCGCGGGCUGCUGGAAGAUGCCGAAGUAAGGAUGAAGACUAAGAAGGGCUCUCUGAAACAGUAG